UAUAAGUUCUUAGGAGUUCAAAACUUUAUUUGUAAUCGGAAACUUCAGAAAUAUCCGAAAGUUUUCGGAAUCUAUUGUCAUCACAGGCUUAGGUGUACCGACUGUAUAUCUCCGCAUAUACCCGUGCAUCGUGUGUAAUGUUGGGAUCAAUUGCUGCAGCUGGUGCUUGGAUAAGAAAGUCCAAGGAGUAUUUUGUUGAAUUACAAUCCCUGAGGGAGAAGAAGGUUCAUCAAUACCUGAUGGAGAUGGAGGUUAUUUCAGAGAGGUUGAGGAAGAAACUCGAUGCCGGAGAAAUACAACUUAAAGCGAUGAAAUCGGACAUGGAGGAACAGGUUAGAAAGUAUGAGCAGCAAGAGGAGAUGGUAAAGGAGAUGGAGGAGCAGCUAAAGGAGGAGAUGAAUGAGCAGGAGAAGGAGAAAGAGAAUCCAAUGGAGAAAUGAUAACUUAUGUCUCUCUUUCCAAUAUUAUGCUUUCCUAAACCCUAAACUUAGUGGGUUGUUUGUUUGCCCUAAUUGUUUAUUAAUUAGAUUUGGUGUGUACCGACUCGGAUAUGGAAAUUUUAUUAAUUAGAUUUGGUUCUAUU